GACAUAUUGGACUCUUUGGUGAUGAAAUAACUUGCUCCUAAACCCAGCUCUUCGAAAUGCACACAUUUUGUUGCGUUCGUGAGAAGGCAGUUUUUCUGAAUCGAGUCGAAAUGGUCUGCCAUACACUCUGCUUUUUGCUCACGUCAGUGUCAAACUAUGACCUGUCUGUCGAGUAGUUGAGAGCGAUAUGCCAUAUUUCAUGUUACAAAUGUAAAUCCUAUACUACAAUUCUCGCGAGCACGGCCUGCCAACACGUAUUGAAAAAAUGAAAAACUGGCCAGUGCUCUCAUGCUGCGCAAGCGAUACACCAUUCCUGCAGACCCAUUCCACCUUUUAGCAGAACCAUAUUCAAGGGCAAUCCGGAUCAUCGUUCGUCAUGAGCUUGGACCACUCUUUAAAGCCAACCACAAACAUGACGAGGAUCAAUGGGAAGCUGCAAAUCCCCAUAACGGUUCUGACAAUGGAACUGCUGAUUGCGUCGACGGAUGCGAGCUCCAAAACGAACCAAAGAAGCGUCAGGGCGAUAAAUACCCAACUCAGAAUGGAAGUUCCCAGAGUGGUGCCAUUCGAAAGACAAGUCCCACAACGUCCAGGUUCCGGCAGGGGCAAACCUUUGGGUUAAGAGUAACAGUUAGCGAUAAACAUCCACAUAACAACAUGGCAUUCUUGAUUUGGUUCGGUCUCGUACCAGGUACAUAGUGCGUAGGCGUCCGACAAGUAUACGGGAUAGGAACCGUAGUGAG